UAGCAAAAAAACUUCCUUGACUGAGGGAUGCGAAUGAGCUUCUGUAAUUAUCGCUUAAACUAUUCUCAGUGACAUUGUGACCAGUAGAACGCUAGUCAGUGACGUCAUUUGGCAAGAUCCCUGAGUAUUACGCACAAAAUUAAUUAGCUAUUCAUAAUUUGACCAAGUUGUAAAUAAUUUACCGAGGUAGGCAUCAAGGUCGUAUCCGGUUGAAUUUCCCUGACCAGGAUGUAGCAAUAUCUACACAAACUUAAAGGCUACGUGUCUGAAGUUUUGCAGUAGCGUGCAAUUGGCAUGCUAACUGCAUGAAUGUCUACCAGAUAAUUUAAUGUUAAUUUGUCUUCCAUAAGCUGCCUCGUUUUAGAGAAUUUGGCAGUUCGUUCAACCGGAUUUACAACCACGAGUAACCACGCCAGCCCAGGAGUUCCACAAAUCGGGCUGCUUAACCCGUGGGAUUGUUUGAGACCAGCCACCUGGACAGCUGAUGAAACUGGGUUUGCACAACCGAAGAAUUUCUGCUUAACUCUCAGGGAAGUUUAUCUGCAUGCUCGUCGGGCUAAACAGGGUCUUGACCUGACUGCAGUUCGGCUUUGUAAACUACUUCAGUGGACAAAUGCUCACCUUCGAUGGCCACUGGCAAGCUGGAGAUGUGCGCUCUUCAAGAAUGAAUCCCGGUUUCAACUUUACCAGGCAGAUGGCAGACAGCCUGUAUGGUGUCGUUUGGGCAAGCGGUUUGCUGGUGUCAACGUUGUGAACAGGGCCCCAUGGUGGGGUUAUGAUAGGUGAUGAAAGCCACUCAUAAAACAAGAGAAGACCAGCCAUUUGCCAUGAGCAGUGAGCUGAACGUGCCCAUGGGCUCCCCAGCCCCGGGGGGCUUUGAGCAGAUGCCGGAGGGUGGAGGGAUGGACUACAGGGACUGGGUGCGCCGCAGCUACCUGGAGCUGGUCACCUCCAACCACCACUCUGUGCAGGCACUGUCUUGGAGGAAGCUCUACUUGAGCCGGGCCAAACUGAAAGCCUCCAGCCGCACCUCUGCCUUGCUCUCUGGUUUCGCUAUGGUGGCAAUGGUGGAGGUCCAGUUGGAGAUCCAGUACAACUACCCACAAAUGCUCCUCAUUGCCUUUAGCGUUUGUACUACGGUGCUGGUGUCUGUGCACCUGCUCGCCCUGCUCAUCAGCACCUGCAUCCUACCCAACGUGGAGGCAGUCAGCAAUAUCCACAACCUCAACUCAGUCAGCGAGUCACCCCAUGAGCGCAUGCACCACUACAUCGAGCUGGCCUGGGGCUUCUCCACUGCCCUGGGCAUCCUGCUUUUCCUGGCAGAGGUAGUGCUGCUCUGCUGGAUCAAGUUCCUGCCCGUGGACUCUAGUUCCGCCAACCAGGUGGCGGUGGCUGCCGCAGAGCUGGCACUAUCCAAGCUGAACUGUAGCGGCCCCGCCCUGCCACCCAAGCCCACCCCUCCGCCAGGGCACAGUGGCUGGCAGGCAGCCCUGGCCUCCACCAUCAUCAUGGUGCCGGUGGGGGUUAUCUUUGUGGUAUUCACCAUCCACUUCUACCGCUCGCUGGUGAGCCACAAGACAGAGCGCCACCACCAGGAGAUUGAGGAACUGCACAAAAUUAAGGUGCUGCUGGACGGGUGCGAGAGAGGCCUACAGGCAGUGUGAUCUCUUUAGCUCUUCUCUCUAUGCUCUUCCUGUCCACUGUCAAUGCCUUCUCACAUUGUUGAGAAGCACCAAAAUUCCACUGAAUAAGUGGGAUGAUUAAGGAUUUCCUUAUCCCCUAUUUAUCAAGCACCCUUUCUUAUUCAGCCUCUAGCCUGUUCAUUGUUAAUGUCUUCCUUAAAGUUUUUUUGGCAGAGAGCCCCAAAACUCCACUUAAUAUGUGGGAAGUUUAAGGAAUUCUCAGCUCUACCAAAUUAUGGAGGUCAAAGUUCAUAGUAUGUUUGUUUGAUUUGGAAAAUAGUAUCUUGUCUCCUUGAGAGAUGUAUUGAUUAUAUUUUUAAAGAUUAUUUUAAAGGGCUAUUUUGUUAGUAGUUUUGUGUCAUCUCCACAUUUCAUUAAGGAAGUGGUGUCAACCCUCACAUGUGCUUAACUUGUUCUCACAAGGCUGUUAUUGUUGUCAGGCUAUGAUCAACACUGAGACCAGAGUUGUAAGCAGAUGCAGAAGCAGGUGGAAACAAAAGUCCAUUUAUUUUUUAAGGUGUUAAUGCUGCACCAAACAGUGUGUAAUGUACACUGAACAAAAAAUAUAAACACAACAUGCAACAA